GUAGAAGAGGCCCCAGCGACAAAGUUCCGAUACCCGACUCGAGUCAGGGAACCUCGAUCGCGAAAGUAACUGAGGCUAAACCAUAUUUCGCGCACUCUAACGCAUAGAAUGGUAUCCGAUGCCUCAAGAAAGACGAUUCUUUGGCCGAUUUCAUCGCACCGGCUUGCGCUGGUCCAAGACUCCAAUUCCCCGAUUGGCCGCGACCCCGACCCCGACCCCGACCCCGACCCCGACCCCGACCCCGACCCCGACCCCGACCCCGACCCCGACCCCGACCCCGACCCCGACCCCGACCCCGACCCCGACCCCGACCCCGAUCCCGACCCCGACCGAGGGGCACGCCCCAUGGAUCGCAUGGCGGUCCGCUAGUGGUGUAUGGGCAGCGGGAUGCAAGACGGGGGGCGGGAGGCCAAAUGUCGCGCCCGUACGUGUGUACACAGACAUUCUACGUGCCGAUGUCUUUUGGCUGUGGGGUUUUGUGUCUCUGUUACCUACACAAGCACACAAGGCAAAUGCGUUUACGCAGCCCUGCUCAACGUACUGUGUGGCUUAACUCCAGACUCCGGCCGGAGAUGUCGCUAUUCCCGUCGUAGGAGUUGAUCAGACUCACAAAUAUUACAACGAGACUAGGCUUGGUCUGUAUUACAGGGCGCACGUUCGGGACGAGAGCCAAAAGAUGACCCGGUGGCUCUCUCCCGCGCACUUGGCCUCGAGACGUCGCUGCCUCCAUGCAGUACGACGCUCUUAUCUGUAACAAGAGGAUUGAACCUAGGUUGACAAGGAAGCGAACGUCCUCGUGAGACCACCAGCGCAUCCAUAGAUGUGAUAGGCUCACUGCAGGCGCGGGGUGGGUUUACUGCCUUUGGCCCAGUUGCGUUGUUGCCUCGCUCUCACGGGCCAUCCACCUCAGGGCAAGGAGGGUGUAAACCUCUUGUGCACUAGUUCGGACCCAUGCACCCACCCAGGAUCGAACCUGGGACCUCAACAGUCAGGGUGACUCCUGGCAUUUUGCACCAAUGUAACAAGAGGAUUGU